AUGUCCGAGUCCACAAAAUCUAAAGCUGCUGCUAAGAUCCUUGAAGGUGAAGAGAAAGUUCAAGAAGUAUUAGAUCGUGUUUCUCAACAACAACUGCUUCCUAUCCGCAGUAAAUCAGAGCGAAAUCGUUAUGACGCAUGGUCUAACUCAGAUUUAUCCACAUCAGCACCUGCGGCAUUCACUGGUUCAACAGCUGCCACCGUAAUUCCUGCUACCAUCGUAUCAAUAUCACAGCUUCCAAGUCAUCUGCAAGCUCUGACGUUAAUCACUCAACAAUUAAUCGCCUCAGGAGCUGGUGCAGCACCUUCUCCUUCAACCUCGUCAUCCAGAGCUGCCCUAGCACAGCAUCAGGAAUAUUAUCCUACGAUGGUAGAGUCACAACAUGUAUCAUUUCAACAACAUCCAUUAUCAACAAUUCACUCAUCGGGCUAUAUCGAUAAUUCACACUCCAUCAGAUCGGCCAACGCGCCAGCUUUAUAA